CCAUCGUUAAUCCAUCAGAGGAUCUUCCAAACUCAUUGGAGAAUACAUCUCACUUUAGAGAGAGAAACAGGGGAAAGAUAGAGAGAUGACAAACUGCACUUUCCAUUAAAAAAAAAAAGAAAUAAACACACCAAUCAAUCAAUCAAUCAAUCAAAAACUCUAUAAUUAAAGCUGCCAUUAAAUAAUGUACAAGCUUCUUUCCCUUGAGUUAAUUAUGUGUUGCUUGCUUUCUUUUGCUUGUGCAAUUUAUUUGCACUGAUGGGUAAGUAAACUCACCGAACCCCACACACCAAAGCUUUCACUUCUCACUUGGGUUUGUUUCUUGGAAUGGGCAAUGCUAGUGGCAAAAGUAGCGAUGGAGAAGGCACUUCAGGAGGAGGCUACGAGCAAGAGAGUAUGGAGUUUGCCGCGCAUGGUAGGGCUUCGUAUGUAGAGGCUGAGCCCAUGGCGCAGCCCCUUCCCAGUAGUCCUGCGAGAUUCCUGCAGCCUCCUCUCACUUUCACUCCACAGGUUCCUAUGGUUCCUUUACCAAGACCUGCUGAAAUGAUGCAUGUUCAGAAUUAUGCAUUGGCACAUAAUGUAACAGAUGCCAGGGAUGCAUUCAGUGAGAAACUGAGAGCUGUGAUGAUAACCUGGAGUUAUGGUGGGAAGCAAGUAGCUGUCACUGGAUCAUGGGAUAAUUGGGACAAAAGAGAGAAUUUGCAUAAGGUGGGUAAAGAUUUUGUUAUUUUGAAGAUGCUCCCCUCAAGUGUUUUUCACUACCGCUUUAUUGUUGAUGACCAAUUGAGGUAUGCUCCAGAAUUGCCCUGGGAAUGUGAUGAUUCAGGGACUGCAUACAAUAUUUUAGAUGUACAGGAGUAUAUUCCAGAGGCUCCAGAAAGCCUGUCUGAGUUUGAGACACCUCCAUCUCCAGUAACAAGCUACAAUAAUGAGUCCUUGGAUGACUAUGAUUUCAGUAAACUGCCUCCUGAUAUACCUCCACAACUUCAGUUAACAUUGUUGAACAGCCAAGCUUCUGCUGUGGAAAGUCACCAGUCACUGCCAAGGCCUAAGCAUGCAGUGUUGAACCAUCUCUAUAUUCAGAAUAAUCGAGGUCAGCCGGUUGCACUUGGAUCAACCCAUCGCUUUCUUCAGAAGUAUGUGACAGUAGUACUAUACAAGCCCACAAGCCGAUAAAAAGAAAAAGUAAAGUAAUAGCAUAUUCUUCUUAUGUCACAGAUGGAUUUACUCGACACAAACAGACAUCGUUGAGAUUACAGUUAAUGGAAAUGGCAGAAAAAGUGUAAGCCUAGGAAAAAGUUUGAGUAUUUGCUGCAAACUUCCAUAUUCUUUGGCUAUUUAUUUUGAACUCAGAUACUUUCUGCUCUUUUUUGCAAUUGUAAGCUUCAGUUCUCAUUAAAGGAUUCAAAGCUGAAGAAAAUAUACUAAGUUUGCAUAGAUGGGAAUUAACAUGUGGACAAGUAGAGUGAUAAAUAUCUGUCUUAGCUAUGUAAAUAUGUGGUGUUCCCUGGUCAGAUUCAGACAAUAUGAUCAAAACAGAAGUUGCAAAGUAACUAUGUUGUUUCUUGAUUGAA